UAUAUAUCAAUAACAUUUUCUUCCUUUCCAAAUUAUAUUUUCAUUUUGCAAAUGUUAUUAAUUAAUGCAUUAUAAUAUGUCGUUCUUAGCCUUUAUCAAUAAUAAUUCCUCUUCCUUUAUCAUCUCAUUAGCAGCCUUAUUAUUCUCUGUCCUGGUAUAUAAAUUAUGGUUCUCUAUUACUACGCCGAAAAGAAAUUUGCCACCAUCGCCUCCAGCGCUACCAAUCGUUGGAAACCUCCACCAGCUCGGCUUGUACCCUCACCGAAAGCUGCAGGCCUGGAGCCGGCGCUAUGGCCCUGUCAUGCUGCUCCGGCUCGGCAGCGUGCCGGUUCUCGUCAUCUCCUCUGCCACUGCCGCUCGGCAGAUUAUGAAGACUCACGACCUUGCCUUUUCGAACCGAAACAAGUCCAUUGCCUUCGAAAAGCUCCUCUACAACUACAGAGACGUUUCGUCGGCACCCUAUGGCGAGUAUUGGAGGCAGACUAAGAGCAUUUGCGUGUUGCAUCUGUUAAGUAAUAAAAGGGUUCAGUCCUAUGGAGCCAUAAGGGAAGAAGAGACCAAGCUCAUGGUGGAGAAGAUUCGAAAGUCUUCUGGGGCUGUGAAUUUGAGCGACCUGUUCGUAAGGCUAACCAACGACGUCGUUUGCAGGGUGGCGUUGGGGAGGAAAUACGAUGAAGAAAGUGAUGGGAAGAAGUUUAAGGAGCUUUUGGGGGAGUUUACGGAGCUACUGGGAAGUUUCAAUAUAGGAGACUAUUUUCCGAAGCUAGCCUGGUUGAGCCAUGUGAGUGGUUUGGAUGGUAGAAUGGAGAAAGUGGCUAAGGCGUUCGAUGAGUUACUGGAAGGUGUUCUUCAAGACCAUAUGAAUAGAAAUAAUAAUAAGGUUAUUGGGAAUAUUAAUGACCAGAAAGAUUUUGUGGAUAUUUUGCUUUGGAUUCAGAGGGAAAACCUGCUUGGCUUCCCUAUUGAUAGAACGUGCAUAAAGGCUCUCAUUUUGGACACGUUUGCAGCGGGAACGGACACUACUUACACAGUUCUAGAAUGGGCAAUGACUGAGCUCAUAAGGCAUCCAAACGCCAUAAAAAAGCUUCAAAACGAAGUCAGAACAACAAUCCGUAAUAAUAAGAAGAUAAGUAACACUAAUACUAGGCCAGAAGCAUAUAAUAAUUCCGUUACAGAGAAUGACCUCGACAAAAUGCCUUAUCUGAAAGCAGUUCUUAAAGAAACUCUCCGACUACACCCCCCUAUCCCUUUACUCUUACCUCGACUCACAACACAAGACAUGAAGAUAAGCGGAUACGAUGUCGUUUCAGGGACCCAAGUUUUCAUCAAUGCAUGGGCAAUCGGGAGAGAUCCGACCUUGUGGGAAGAUGAGCCGGACAAGUUUGAACCUGAGAGGUUUUUAUUCAAGAACGCCACGGUUGAUUACAAAGGGCAUGACUUUGGAUUGAUCCCUUUCGGGGCUGGGCGGCGGGGCUGCCCUGCGAUUGUAUUUGCCAUGGCUGUUAACGAGCUUGCUUUGGCCAAUCUCGUCCAUAAGUUUGACUGGGAGCUGUUGACCACUGGAGAAGAGGAUUUGGAUUAUCAUAUGACUGAAACCACAGGUUUGACUAGCCAUAGAAAGUUUCCACUUAUGGCCGUGCCAACCGAAUAUUCUGAUCAUCAAUGAUCUGAGAUUCUGAGAUCUCUUAAUCAGUACCUACGUACAAGUGAUAAAAGGAAUUCAUGUGCUUAUUGUUGUUUACUAUCACAUAUACGAAAUUUAGGGAUUGAAUAUCGUAGUGAAGGGUACAUUUUUACAACCGCGUUAAAUAAUCUCACCUUGUAAAAAGAAUAAUUAGUGAAUUCGCCCUUUUAUUUUUGCUAAAAGUAUAUGGUUUUGCCCGAAAAACUUUUGACAGAUAUGGUCUUUAGAUGUCCUCCUAAAUCACAAGGCUACUAUUACUUUUACCCAUAACUAAUUCUCUUAAUAUGAAUUUGCUUUCAAAUUUUUUUUU